AUGGACCCGGCACAGGCACUGCUGACCUUCAAAGAUGUGGUUGUCACCUUCACUCAGGAGGAGUGGGAAUUAUUGGACCUGCCCCAGAGGACACUGUACUGGAAGGUGAUGAGGGAGACCUGCAGGCUCCUGGUCUCACUGGAUGACAAAGCAAAAACCAAUACCACAGAGCCUUCUGCUUCUCAGCCAGGCUUGUUUGAGGGAUGCUCACCCCACAGGUUACUGACUGAGGACGACUCCAGUGUUUCCACAUUGGGAGAAGCCGGGGAACAAGAGAGACCAUCAGAAAAACAGGGAGGGUACCUAAGGACAGGGACAGUCCCCUACAAGGAAACCCUCCCUGGAAAGUUGAACCCUGAAUGUGAUGAUUUGGGAACAGGUAAAAAUCUGUGCACAAAAGAUUUACAGGAGCAAGUCUCUCCAGGAGAUGCUCUCCUUGAGUGUGAAUCACAUAGAUCAAGGAGAGACCCCUUGAUUCAUGGAGGGAAGAAAUCCUACAAAUGCAAGGAAUGUGGGAAAGAGUUUAUCAAGAAUCACUUCCUUCUUCAACAUCAGUGGAUUCACACUAGAGUAAAAUCCUAUAAAUGCAAAAAGUGUGGGAAGGCCUUUCUCAGGAAGGCAGAUCUCACUGGACACUACAGCAUUCACAUUAAGAAGCUCUAUGAGUGCAUCGAGUGUGAGAAGGCCUUCAGCCGCAGGUCACACCUCACAGAACACCAGCGGAUUCACACUGGGGAGAAGCCCUAUGUGUGCAUCGAAUGCAGGAAGGCCUUCAGCCGCAGGUCACACCUCACUGAGCACCAGCGGAUUCAUAGUGGAGAGAAGCCUCAUGUGUGCAGUGAAUGUGGAAAGGCCUUUGCCCGCCACUCUGAUUUUAUUAGGCAUAAUAGAACCCACACUGGAGAAAAACCCUUUGAGUGCAAAGAAUGUGGGAAAGCCUUUUGUAACAGCUUUUCUGUAACUCGACACAUGAGGUGUCAUUCUGGGGAGAAGCUCUAUGAGUGCAAUGAGUGUGGAAAGACCUACAGCUACAGCUCAACCCUCACUACUCAUCAAAAGAUUCAUAGUGGAGUAAAAUCCUACAAGUGUAAGAGAUGUGGGAAGGUCUUUGACCAGAAGGCAGGCCUCAGUCAACAUCAGAGAACUCAUACUGAGUUCUUCUUAAAGGGACCUUCUUAA